AUGGUGCGGAUGGGGGAGCAGCUUCCCGCGCAGGCGAAGAGCUUCAUCUCCACCGCGGUGGACGCGAGCGAGGAGGUGGCCAGCCAGCUGGCCUCCGCCUUCCGCGUCGAUGUGGACUCCUCGGACGUGUCCGAGGUGGCGUCGCUGCUGGCGAAGGAGCUCCGCAGGGACGCCUUCCUCAAGGCCAACGGGGCCAAGUUCGAGAGGGAGCUGCACGAGAAAUACGGUGUGCUGAAGGAUGUCAUCCUCCACCCGACCGUGCAGUGGUUGCUUGGGCUCUGCGCACAGCUCUGGCGGAGCUUUCACCUUUUCGGGAAGCCUCCUCUCGGCACGACGGCGGGUGUGGUCGUCGGCCUCAUGAUCUACCGCAGGAAAGUCGGGUUCGUCAACAUGUCGCUGGCGGCGGCCGCGCUCUCGGGGCUUAACCCGCUGGUCGUCGUGGCGGUGGCCCUGGCCUGGAAGCUGUGGGCGAGCACCAAGUUCCUCCCCCGCGGCUGCAGGCAUAACCCCGAGUACGAGGCCCCUGAAGAUCUCGGCGCAGACAAGCUUUCCGACGACUUCGAGCCGGCGAAGGUGUCCACGGCCCCGGGCGAGGAGUAUGACCACGUCGUCGUGGGGUCCGAUCUUGGAGGUCUGUUCUGUGCGGCGCUUCUCUCGCGGUGCGGGCGGCGAGUGCUGGUGCUGGAGCAGGGGCCGCUCGCCGGCGCUGGGGCGGUGGUGAAGGCUCCCGCGGGGGCCGGCGGCUGGGAGUUCGAGACCGGGGUGCAGUGCCUGGGCGGGGGGGACAAGCUGGGGCGGUUCAUCGAGAGGCUGCAGCUGGCGUUCCUACCGGCAGACGAAGGGUCUGGGAAGGAGAAACUCAAGUGGGAAAAGGUGGGCCGGCUAGAGUCGGACCUCUGCGUUCACGACAUGGUGUCCGUCGGGGACGGGAAGCAGACGGUUCUCUUCCCGGCCGAGCAGGAGAAGCUGUUGGAGUCGCUCAUGGCACAGUUCCCGGAGAGGCGACCGUUCUUCCGAGCGUUCUUCGGCCAGGCGCAGAAGGAGAAGGAAGGGGGAUCGCUGGCGUACUACCUGCUCAAGCUCUUCGCCUCCAGGCCGGCGAGGUGGCUGGACAGGGUCGUCGUCGGCCUUCUCGCGACCGCCCCGGCCAUGGCUCACGUCGAGAUCGCCAAGCGCAGCGUGUCGGAGAUGAUGAAGGCUAUGCUGAAGACGCAGCCUGAGGGAAACGACGACUUGGAGGCCGCGCAGGCCGCCCUGUGCGCCUUGUUCAGGAGCGAGAACCUGGCGCCUUCCAGGGUGUCGUGCGCGGCAUUGAUGGGACAGACGAGCUCUGCCUGGGGAGGCCUGUAUCACCCGCGAGGAGGCUUCAGGGCGAUCGCGGAAGAGCUCGUGGACUCCAUCCACGCCUCCGGGGGCCGCGUCCUCACGCGCGCCAAGGCGACCUCGGUCAUCGUGGGGAAGGAGAGGGCGGAGGGCGUCACGGUAGUCCGAGAAAGCGGGGGCGGGGGUGGCAACGGCUCUGCCGCUGCGGCGGCGGCAGCGGCAGCGGCGUCGGCCGUCAACAUCAUGGUCGCCGGAGACGGGUUGGGGUCGGUGAUAUCCUCAAUCGGCGUUAUCGACACGUUCCGCGGGCUGUUGCCCCGCAAGUCGGCGCUGACGACGAGGGCGGCCAGUGGUGGCGCGACGACCGCGGCGGCGGGCGAUGGGCCGGCGGCGGCGGGGACGGCGGGCGAGACCGUGACGGCGCUGGGGGAGAAGGACGGGGAAGGGUUGGACCCGGCAGGGUUCCGGAUCCUGAGGGCUGCGCGACCGCGGGUCCACCUGUGCGUGGGGCUGCAGGGCAACUGGCUGGAGGACCUGGAUGGGACUAGCUCUUAUGUACACCACGUUCGCGACUCGAUGGUGGAGGGCGGCGGCGGCGGGGGGGGGCACGAACGCCACGAGGGGAAGCUGCCGGACUGGUGCCGGAUAAGCUUCGGCGAGUCCAAGGAUUCCGCCGGGUGGAAGAAGGAAACGACGAGCGUGGUGGUGACGGCGGAGAUGACCGAAGAGAUGGCGAAGUUGACGAUCGACGGUGUCGGGAGCACGAACGAGCCGAUCGGGCCUCUCCGAUACACGGUACAGCCGGGACGGUCCGGAAGGGAGCGCCUGCGAGAGCGGCUGCUGCGGCGCCUGCAUCAAGACUUCCCGCAGACUCAGGGUCGUGACGAGUUCAUCAUGCUCGCAGAGCAACCCAGAGCCGGGCUCUCGGAGGGACCGGAGCGGUACCUGGCCAAGGGGGUGCGCGCGCCGACGAAGGUUCCCGGAUUUUUCUUGGCGGGGGAGGACCUGACCAUCAGCGGGAUGGAAGGAGGCGUCAUGGGGGGAUGGAUAGCGGCGCACGCCGCUCUGGGCUACACGCCGACGGACAUGUUCCUCCGCAGGAGAAGUCUCGCCUCAGACAUCCCCAACCUCGACAAGCUACGGCGGUAG